AUGAAAUUUGGACUACGUCAUCUCAAAGCUGAAGAUCUAAAUUAUUUUCUACAAUUUGGUGUAUCAAUGCCAGCUUUGCGAUCACGCAAACUCUGGUGCGAUUUGAUAGAUGAAUCAUUGGUCACAUCCUUGAGAACAAUCGGAUUUAAUGAGAAUAGUAGUAGAAAAAUUACUUUGAAUGGAAUGUUGGGACAAAACGAAGCCUGUCUCAUGCAAUUGAUGCUUGCCGGGGUCGAUGUUCCUGGUAUUUUCAAUUGGCAAGGGCCAACGUUCGAAGUAGGAACUCGAAUGAUACAAUUUUUGAGAAAAAUUGGAAUCAAUGACGACGUACUCCAACUAAUUGUUCAAAAAGGGAUUGAUGAAGAAACUCACGAAAUGCUCAAGGAUUUGGGAUAUGCAGAAACGAAAGCAGAAGCACAUCCGAGAAUGCAAGAGGUCUUGGAAAAUUUUUUUGUGGUAAUUUGCGAAUGUGACUUGACUAUUCUCGAGCCAGAUGAUUCUGUUCCUGAGUCUCUGACUUGUGCUGACAGCUCCACGUCUUCAAUUUCGAAAUGUGCUCACAGUAAAGUAGCUGUGGAAGCCAAAGAAACCUGUGCAUGUUUUCCAAGUAGGACUAGUUUGACAAAAUCAAGUUCAAGCUCAAUGCAAUCAAGUUUAGUAGUCUGUAAAGCUAUGCACCCUAGUUUGAGUCAACUGAGUCAAACAGAUUGCAUAGCUAUACAAACGAGAAAAAACUCUUUGACAAAUUCUGAGCUCAUAGUUCAACGGAAUGCAUACUUAAGGUUGUGUAAUUCACUUAUUAAUAGGCAAACAGUCAUGGCACCUUUAGUAUGGGCUGUAGCAAGAGCAUUGCAGUACAAACCAACAGAUCCAAAAUACUAUAUUGCAUGCCAAUUGUUGCGAUGGAAUCAUGGGGGUGUUGGCGUAACGGAAAUGAAAGAGAUUGAAGAUUUUGUGAAAGCCAAGACAAUCGAGAUGGACAAGAAAUCAAUGGGACGCAAAGAGAGAGAUGAAGUAGAGUUAAGAGCCAAAGAUGACAAGGAAACUAUGGAAAAGAUUCCCUGUCAACCAUGCAAGGUAUAUUAUCAGAUACACCAUAUGAAAAAGGGCUGUUGGAAAUGCAUUAAACAAUGGAUUCCUGAUCACGCACCCUGUGAGUUGCCGGACAUCUGUAGCUCCUGCAAAAUGAAUUUCUCUGACAUCUCAAACUCUGUUGCCUCAACGUCAACCAGUAAUGGUAGUGUUAUACUCAAAUCAAGUAUGGUCGAUAAUGAGCCACUUUCAUCCAACGGCGAUCAAAGUUUCAUUUCCUCAAACCCACAUAGUUACACCGAUAGCAUGGAGUCAAGUUAUCACAGGCUAGUAUUAAUGAGAUAUUCGACAAUUAUUAAGUAUUAACGACAGUUUGUACCCUACAGAAACCUGAAUAAAGAAAUAUCUACCUCUGAUGCACGCCAAGCGUUGGAUAAUUUAAGCAAGUCUAUCAAUCCUCCAAACACAAGUCCCACAACAGUGCAGAAGUAAGCAGAUGUGGUACUUGUCCAUCAGGACUCUGUAGA